UCGGCAUCCCCACGGGACUGACGAGGAAACUGAGGCAGCCCCCAGUGCCCGGGGCUGGACCGGACUUUCCGGAGCGGCGCGCACGGGCCGGAACCGAAAGCAAACCCAGGGCCAGCCUCCAAGUCAGGAGCUGCGGAGAACGUCGGGCCCGGCCCUUCGUUUUACAAAUGGGGAAACCGAGCGGCACCACCGCCACCUUUCUUCCUCGCUGCGGCCCCGGGGUCCCAGAGCCAUGUCGGAGGGAGUGGACCUGAUUGAUAUCUACGCGGAUGAAGAGUUCAACCAGGACCCAGAGUUCAGCAAUGCCGAUCAGAUCGACCUGUACGAUGAUGUACUGGCCGCCAGCUCACAGCCAUCUGAUGACCGAAGCAGCAGUGCCGAGCCACCGCCUCCCAUCCGGCAGGAGCAGUCUCCCAAGCCCAACAGCAAGUCGCCGGCCAUCCUCUACACCUACAGUGGACUGCGCAAUAAGCGAGCCGCAGUCUACGUGGGCAGCUUCUCCUGGUGGACAACAGACCAACAGCUGAUCCAAAUCAUCCGUUCUGUGGGGGUCUAUGAUGUUGUGGAGCUAAAGUUUGCAGAGAAUCGAGCCAAUGGCCAGUCCAAAGGGUAUGCCGAGGUGGUGGUGGCCUCUGAGAACUCUGUCCACAAACUGUUGGAGCUCCUGCCAGGCAAGAUUCUUAAUGGGGAGAAGGUGGAUGUGAGGCUGGCCACCCGGCAGAACCUGUCCCAGUUUGAGGCGCAGGCUCGGAAACGUGAGUGCGUCCGAGUCCCAAGAGGGGGGGUACCGCCACGCGCCCACUCCCGAGAUUCUAGUGAUUCUGCUGAUGGACGGGCCACCCCCACUGAGAACCUUGUGCCCCCACCCCCCCGCGUGGACAAGCCCCCCAGUGUGCUGCCCUACUUCAGCCGCCCUCCCUCAGCUCUUCCCCUGAUGGGUCUGCCCCCACCACCCAUCCCACCCCCACCCCCUCUCUCCUCGGGCUUUGGGGUCCCACCUCCACCUCCUGGUAUCCAUUACCAGCAUCUCAUGCCCCCACCUCCCCGACUGCCUCCCCACCUGGCUGUGCCUCCCCCGGGGGCCAUCCCACCUGCCCUGCACCUCAACCCCGCCUUCUUCCCCCCACCAAAUGCUGCAGUGGGGCCUCCUCCAGAUGCUUACAUCAAGGCCUCUGCACCCUAUAACCACCAUGGCAGAUCUAAGUGCCACGGGCGGUCAGGGAUGGUGUUGUCUCCGUGCAGCCGAGAACUGGGCCCCCCGCCCCCGACGGUGUGCGAAACCGAGUUCGAGGAGAUCAUGAAUCGGAACAGAGCUAUCUCCAGCAGUGCCAUUUCCAAAGCUGUCUCUGGGGCCAGUGCAGGGGAUUAUAGUGACGCUAUUGAGACGCUCCUCACAGCCAUUGCUGUCAUCAAACAAUCGCGGGUCGCCAACGACGAACGUUGCCGUGUGCUCAUCUCCUCCCUUAAGGACUGUCUUCACGGCAUCGAAGCCAAGUCCUACAGCGUGGGUGCCAGCGGGAGCUCUUCCAGGAAAAGACACCGGUCCCGUGAGCGAUCACCUAGCCGGUCCCGUGAGAGCAGCCGGAGGCACCGGGAUCUGCUCCAUAAUGAGGAUAGGCACGAGGAUUAUUUUCAAGAAAGGAAUCGGGAGCAUGAGAGACACCGGGACAGAGAAAGGGACCGGCACCACUGAGAAAGGAGUCUGGUUGGAAGUAAAUGUUUUUUUUAAUGGACUUGCAUCUCCUCACCUCGAUCAGGACUAAAGGACGGAGGCCGCUCCACCCCUUCCCCCUCCCCCAAGCCCCCAAUUCCCUCCAGACACCCAGGGAACACCCUAUGCCCCACCAGACCGAAGAGAGCUUGGCAGCCCUCCCUAGCCCUACCCAGGCCCCGGCAUGACCCUUGCUUGCCUAGGGAAAGGGCUGAAAGACUUGGUGGGCUUGGGAGGGGUAAGAGAACAGAAAGGAAAGAAUGUAGAAUGUAUAUGGGCCCAUGAUUCACCACGGCUCGGACUCUAAAAGAACGGUGCUUGCUUUUUCUUGGAAACUUGUGAGGUUCCUAUUCUCUGGGAGCAGCUUGAGGCAGGUGGCAAAGCCUCCCAAAGACCCACCGAAAGAGACCGGAUCCUCCUCGUGGAGGGGAGUGGUUCCCAGAGAUGCCCAGGCCCCCGUGCACUAGCACUAGACUCAAGGGGCCCCACGUGUCCACCUCACUCUCCUCCCCACCCCAGACUGGUGCACGCCUCCAGCCCUAGAUCCCUCUCAGCCCUUCUGGGAAGAACUACAGGAAGUCAAAUUUUCUGGUGCCAGGCUGCUUCUGCCCUAACUCACUCUGCCUUCCUCUCUCAUUGACGGUUAUCCUCCCAACCUCCCAAAGAAGGCUUGAGGCCUUCAUCGCCCCCAGUUUCCUUGGUCCCACUUGUCCCUUGAGAAGCAAGGGACCUGUCAGGUGUCUCAGUGUACUUAGCAGCCCUGCUGAGCAGAGACCAUCCCCGUAAGGUGGCUUUCUCUCUCUGCCUAGUGUCCUCUCCCUGCUUUGCUUGCUUGCUGCUCGUGAAUUAACAAGCUCUGAUAGGCACUCUUCCCCGUGAGCCCUUACCCCAAGAGGGCUUGUUUCCUUGUUUUAGAGGAAGGCACUGCAACCUAUCCCCACCUUGGCAGCGGUGAACCCAGUGAGAGGCUACAAGAAGCAGGGGGAGAGAGGGGAAACCUAGUCACUGAGCACUUCUCAAAACUUCCUUCCAAAAGUUGUGAGCACGCACCUUACAUGAGGUUGCUAACUGGCAUAGCCUGGUUCUAGACAUUUGAAACUCUGCCCUAGAUGUCUUGCCUGCCUUUGGCUCCUGGCAGACUGGCCUCCCUCCAGGAAGGUCCAAGAGAGAACUAGAGCCUAGCUCGCAUCUGCUGUAUUCUGAGCUCCAUGGACACCAUUCCGAUGGCCCGACUCCUCCAGAGGCAGGGCAACGAAUCUGCUGCUCCCAUAGAAUUCAAACUGUGGUGAACAGGGUUCUCCACGCUGCUGGCUAUUCCACGGGACAGGGUUACCUUCACAUCACCCACAGGGCAUCCAGCAUUUAGUACGAGAACAACACAAGACUUGGGUCUCAGGAGAUCCUUCUAAGGCAGAGGGGAAGGGAGAGCCCAUGGCCUAACAGACUUCGGUCAGGCACAGAGUGAAUUUUUCCCAGGGUCAGAGGCACAUUCCCUUGGGACAGAGGGAAGGGGUGGUGGCUUUCUCCCCUCGUCCCCCCACCCCCACCCCCACUUCCUCUAAGGAGCCGGGCAUCCCCAGCCGGCGAGUGUUAAGUGACGUGCUUCUCCCAGAGAGCAGCUCCGGGUGUCUUUUUAAAAUGUAGAGAAAACCAAAUGAGGUGACUGUUUGAGGAAGAAAACGUAAAAUACCAGAAAUCCGUUUGCCCGGAGAGUUUGUGUUUUCUUUUUUUUACUUAAUGACACAAUUUUUAGUUUUAUUUCCAGAUAGCAAAAGAAAAAUACCUGAGGGAAAAAAAAGGCCAAGGCCCCGUCCCCCUGUUGUCGGUGAUUCGAUUUGUUUGUCUCUUUCUGAUAGGUUGGAAAUUGUGUAAUAAACUUGAUGACGCUGUCAAUCUUUUA